AUGGACGCUCUCAUGAAUGCUAUGACCACCCUUACAACCGAAGUAAGGAAAGAAUUUGAAGUGAGGGAUAAAUCUCAUAAAGCGUUGGAAAAGCAAGUGGGCCAACUCGCGGAGGAAAUGGCUCAAAUGAAGGGAAGCAUGGGAAAGCUUCCAAGUGACACUACAGUGAACCCGAAGCAUCAAGGUUCUAGCACAAGCAACGUGAGGAAUGCACACAUUAGUGCGGUAAGUAUUCUUUCAAAUGAUGAGGUUUGUAGUAGUGUUGAAAGCACUCCACCACCACAAUGCGUUGAUGGUGUAGUGGAAGAUAUAAGUGAUGAGCCGGAAAGUGAAAAUGAACAAGAAACGACUUCACAAAGUAAAAUUGAAAAUAUAACUAAAAAUGCUUUUUGUGAAAAUUGUUUAAAUCAACUUAACCCGAUUAAUGCGUCAAAAGUUGAGAAACGGUACCCAUCGAAGGACGAGAGGUGGGAAAAUUUUAAACAAGCAAAAAUUUAUUUACCGUUACUCGAUGACAUUAAAAAGGUUCCGGCUCAUGUGGAAUGCUUAAAGGAGUUAAGCAUCGAAAAACGGCACAACAAAUUACCCAAACCGGUUGAUUUGAUAUCUCAUGUGAGUGCCGUUUUAUCAAGUGCCCUUCCUCAAAAAGCUCAAGAUCCAGGAGAUCCUCUUAUUCCGAUUCAAAUUGGAACAUUUAAAAUCGAGAGGGCUCUCCUCGAUCUUGGAGCUUGUGUGAGCAUUUUACCCGGGAGUUUGUAUGACCAAUAUGAUUUUGGUCCAUUGAAAAAAUUUAAUACUCCCGUGGUAUUGGCCGAUCAGACUCCCACGCAUCCACGGGGGAUGGUGGAUGAUGUGAUUGUUAAGGUGGAUGAUUGCUACUACCCAGUUGACUUUUUGGUAGUAGACUAUGUUGGGUGUGUUGAGGACACCCAACCGGUAGUUAUCUUGGGUAGACCGUUCUUGGCAACUGCUAAUGCCAUAAUAAAUUGUGCAACGGGAACGGUAAGCAUGAAGUUUGGGGACCGGGAAUUAAAUUUAAAUGUUUUUCCAAAUUUCAGUAACCCACUCGGUGAGGAUAAGUGUCCUAAAAAGGACAUGAAUCCAAACAAAAAGAUAUGUGCUAUGGUUGGCAGGGAUUGA